UUAUAAGAAUCGAUAUUACCAAAAGGAAAUACAGAGACAGUCUAAGGAUGAGCUUAAUUUGGAUUUAAAUUCUUCGUUAUCAGGCAAAACUUUGGACAAAGUUGCCAAAAAUGUUGAUAAGUUGCCUCAUUCUCUCCGUCUUACGACUACCCAUAGUGGAGAAGGUUUUCCUCUGCGAAGAAGAGUUAGAAAAAGAGAACGGUUGCUAGCCAUUGCGAAGAGCAUCCUAAGAAAAAAAGUUCCGGACCGCUCUGAAACCGCUCCUCUCCUUAUAGAGAGAAAACUACCACCUUUAAACGUUCAAGAUGAAGAGAAAUCUGGUAAAGGUCCGCUUUAUGACAUCUUUUCUUGUUUAAAGACUUGCCGAAUUUUCGGCCAUUUUGACGAGCUUGUUUUUUUGGAACUUUGCAAAUUUGUUGAAACUAUUUCUCUGGAUAAAGGGGAAUACUUAUUUCGUUCUGGAGAUCUUGAUGAUUCUGUUUAUUCGAUUUCCAAGGGUUCCUUAAUGAUUUACAUUAACGAGGAAAAAGAACCACUAGUUCCUAUGUUUAAAGUCAGUGCUGGAGAAAGUAUAGAAAGCUUGCUGAGCAUUAUCGACGUCCUUUGUGGCGAGGAGUUAAGAUUUGAUGGUUUGGAGGCCGUUGCUUUAGAGCCUUCUCUGCUUAUUAAACUUCCUAUCAAACGGGCGCUUCCAUGUUUCAGGAAGUUUCCUUUUCUACUACAAGAACUGCUGCGUUCAAAUGUGAAUCGCCUCCACCGCGUGAUCUUGCCUGUUCUCUAUAAAUAUUUCGGACUCGCUCAGGAUUUAUUUGUUCCGCCCGCAUCUGGCUAUGCUGAGCGAAUACAAUCAACACUACGAGAGUUUAAAGAACUUUUUCAGCACCAACAACUUUGCCCUGACGCAGACUUUGCCGUCACUGCGCGAUCGUUGGGAUCGCCCGUCGAUCAUCAGAGCGAGGUCUCCAGCCCUUCCAGGGAUGCCGCCUUGAACGACCACUCCGCUCUAAAUAAAGCUGCCACGGCUUUAGCGCAACUGCUUGACGUAAACGACAUUGACUUUUGGAAGGAUCAUUUAAUUAUAGAACGCCUGAAAUCAAAAUCAGCCGUGGCACUUGCUGGGCAGUAUCCCUCCGAGCUCCACUUCCUGUAUGUGCUGAGUGGCAAGUUGAAGCUCUAUUUGCCCAGCUUGAAAAACAAAGGAAAAGAUCUCCUCUACUCAAUUUCGCAGGGAAAUACUUUUGGGCACAUGUCUUUACUUUCUGGAGAAAAAAACAUGUUUAUUCUGGAAAGCAGUAAAGAGGGUGCCCACGUCGCCAAGCUUUCAUAUACUUCCUUUGAAAAGCUUUUGAAGCUCCAUCCGCACGCUGUCCUUCCGCUCGCCUACGACCUCAUGCUUAGCUGCUCGCCGGUAGUCCGCCGGUAUGCUUUCGGUAUCCGUGAAGUGCACGUGACGGCAGGCCAUCUGCUCUUCCGGCAGGGAACCGCGUGCGAGGCGGUCUACAUCGUUCUGAAUGGCCGCCUCCGCUCGGUUAUCCAGCGCGGGAGCCACACGGAGUUCCUCAACGAGUUUGGCCGGGGGGAGAGCGUGGGCGAACUCGAGCUCCUGACCUCUUCGAAUCGGGUCACGAGCGUGCAUGCGGUGCGUGAUUCGGAGAUCGUCAAGCUGCACGCUUGUCUUUUCGAGUCUCUCCGAAAAGAGUAUCCUGAAACGGCCCACAACUUCAGUAGGCGGCUAAGCAUGCGCUUCUUGCACAGUAUUCAGUCGUCUCACUUCUCUCCGGACAAAACCUCCAUUGCACACCGAAAUCUCUCCACUAUUGCAGUGGUGGCGAUCAGCGACACUGUGCCUCUGAACCAGUUCUGCCGGUGCCUUGCAGCCGCCCUUUCGAGAAUGGGAUCAUUUCGUCACCUCACACAGGAGUUGAUCUAUAAACGAUUUGGAGACAAGAUCUUUUCGAUGGCUAUUGAGUACCAUUUGGCUAACUGGCUAAGCCACUUAGAAGAAAAUAAUCGCUUUGUAUUGUAUGAGUGCGACAAACUGGUCACUGAUUGGACCAAGCUUUGCAUCCGCCAGGCAGACUGUAUUCUGAUAGUCGGGCUGGGCGCGUCCGACCCGAAAUUGGGCAGAGUCGAGCGUUACCUGGAAACCAUCACCAACCGCGCCCAAAAGGAACUGGUUCUCCUUCACGACUUUGCUCGCCGACCCCGUAACACCGUCAAGUGGCUUAACCUCCGCCAAUGGUGCACGUCUCAUCACCACCUUAGGUGUACCCCUGACUUCCUUCAGGGUCUUUCAAACUGCUCCUCUUUGAAGCCUCCGCCCAUCGUCAGCGACUUUGCCCGUCUCGCUAGGCGGUUGGCAAAUGCGAGUAUUGGAUUGGUACUGGGAGGCGGCGGGGCCCGAGGAAUUGGGCACAUAGGCAUUAUUCGCGCAUUCGAGGAACAAGGCAUACCAAUUGACAUGGUCGGUGGAACUAGCAUAGGGUCGUUAAUCUCCGCUUUGUAUGCUGAGGAAUUACACGUGGACGAGGUGUCACGGCGCGCUAAGGAAUGGUCGGUAAAAAUGUCCUGCCAUUGGCGGAAGCUCCUGGACUUGACCUAUCCGCACACUUCCCUUUUCUCAGGAAAGGCUUUCAACGAUUCGUUGAACGCCUUGUUUGGAGACACUUGCCUAGAGGACUUGUGGAUUCCUUAUUUCUGCAUCACGACGGAUCUCACGACCUCGAAGAUGCGAAUGCACCGAGACGGCGUAGCGUGGAAGUAUAUUCGGGCGUCCAUGACUCUGACUGGAUACCUCCCUCCACUCUGCGACCCUGUCGACGGCCACCUACUCGUGGACGGCGGCUACACCAACAACCUGCCAGCGGAUGUGAUGCGAGACUUUGGCGCGCAGAUCAUCAUCGCCAUUGACGUCUCAGCAGAGACCAACCAGCACACGACUUCCCGCUAUGGCGAGUAUCUGUCCGGCUGGUGGGUUCUUUGGAACAAAUGGAACCCUUUUGCUGCCGCCCUCAACAUCCCAGAUUUGCCGGAAAUAUUAAGCCGUCUGUCCUAUGUCUCCUGCGUCCGGCAGAUGGAAGAGAUUCUCGAGGGCGGCUACUGCCAGUACCUCGCGCCUCCCGUUAAGAAGUUUUCUACCCUGCAAUUCUCCUCCUACGACGAAAUACAAGAGAUCGGCUACACUUAUGGAAAAGCUGUUAUUUCUGCCUGGCGCCAACAAGAUUCUUUAUCGUGCAUAUUCUCUCCAAAUUCAGACAACGAAAGUUAUAAUGAAGAAUCAAUUAAUAAUGCAAAACAGGAAGAGCCUCCCUUAAUGGAGAAUAAUAUUAUACAAUCGGGCCUGAAGAAGCUCCUCACUUUGUAAAAAGACCUGUCUAAUAUAAAUGGACAACCGCCCUUACAUGACUCGGGCUAUCUAGAGGCUGUAAAUUUUUUUUUCUGCACUAAUAA